UAUCUUUUAAAAAAAAAAAAAAAAAACACUUUGCUCCUGGAGUGAAUUAGAGGAGAGCAAGAGUAAAAGCAGGGGUAUUAGUUAGGAGAAUAUUGUAGCAGUCUGAAAAAUAGACGGGCUUGGAUUAGGAUGGUAGCAGUGGCAAUUGGGGAAGAGGAGUGGAUAGAUGGAAGAUCCGUUUGGAUGUAGAGCGUACAGGACUUCUGGAUGCGUUGCAUAUUGAGGAUCAGAGUAAGGGAGGAAUCAAAGAUGACUCCUAGGGUUUUGGUUUGAGGCGUUGCAGGGGGGCGCGGGAUUCCAUUCACUGAGAUGGAGUAGACUGGCAGAGGAAUGAGAAGUAAGUUAAUAGCUCUGCUUUGGUCAUCUUAAGUUUGAGGUGCUUGUUUGUUGUCCAUUUUCUAAAUUAUGUUUUACCUUCUUAUGAACUAUUAAGUAAAAAACUAAUUCCAUUUCCUUUUCUGGCUUCUUUAGGGAAAAAGAGACCUAUUGGUUACUAUUGUGCAUUAUUUUGUUGGUAUAGUAUCACACUGAAAUUGUGUGAAUUUAAUUAGGCCACAGCUUGUAUUGAAUUUUUUCUUUUCCCUCUUUGAUUUGUUUCUUUCUCUUCUGUACGCUUAAGGUUGUCUUCUGCCCCUUUUCCACUUGUGAUAGCUAGUUUGGCAGAUUUAGAUUUCUCUUUCGUUUAUUCAUUCAACGGACAUUUAUUGAGCCACUGUAACUUGUAGGUACUGUGCUGAGAGGCACGGUGGGGGAGGGAAGGCGGUUCCCCCGUGGAGUUUCCAGUCCAGUGAGGAGAGUCAGUAAUCAAAGAAGCGCACUUGUAAGUGUAAAAUUUCAACUGUCAAGUGCAGCCAAAGGGGAUUAUUUGUAAUCAUGAGAAUUUGAUCUAAUCAGGGCAGUUUGAAGAGUGAAUAGGAGAGGGAAAGGUGGAGAGACAGAGCUUUCCAGCCAAGGGGGAAUACAGUAGAGGAAGCACGGCACGUUUAGGGAACUGAAAGGACAGUGUGGUGCUAGUAAGGAGAGUGGUACAAGAUAAGACUGGAGGUUAACAUCAUCAGGUUUGUUUCAGAAAAGGUCAUUGGCUGCCACACGGAAAUACCUCUAGAGAGGGGCAGAAGAUUGUUGUCGAGAUCAGUUAGGAGACUUGUAGUAUAGGGCAAAGGUGAUGGUAGUUAGCUCCUUCUUGUAACCUUUCUUUUGAUAUUCUGCCCCUUCUGUUCUCCUCUGGCAAGUCUGCCUCCUCUCUCAUUUGUUUUUCUUUUGUAUACUGUUCUUGUUCAUUCUAGCUUUCUUUCCCUUUACCUUUUUUCUUCUGCCAACUAAUUGACUCACCAAUAUUUUCUCCCAUUUUUUCUGCUUUCCCUUUCAUAUGUAUGUAUGUGUGGGUGUGUGUAUUUCCUACUUUGUUUUCAUUCUUCUCUUAAUGCUUGCCGUCUCUCUUAUUUGAAUUCUAGUUUUUAUUGUUUUCUUUCACUUACUACCUUUCUUUUUCUAGGUAUUAGCUGAUUGUUCUUGAUAUUCUGGAUUGACUAGUGUAGUGAGAGAGGUAACAGAGAAUGAAGUUAUGUAUUCCAUAUGUCUAGACUUCUGUAAGUUAAUUGUUCCUGUUGCCAUUACAAAAGUAUGUUGACUGAGAUCAAGAGGUGUAGACGAGUUAUAUGACUUAGAGCAAGUAAGUGGGGCAAUCAGAACUGGAGCUUGGGACCUGUCCUAUAGCCUUAACCUCCUUCAGCAUUGCCUUCCUUCCUUUCCUCCCUCCUUCCCUUCUUCAUCCCUUUGCUUUCCCAUUCUUCUUACCUAUUUAACCUUGGGGGUGGGGGUGGACAAUAGACGGGAAAAUAAUAGGGCGUUAUGGGGAGUUACCAUUUACUGAUGAAGCAGUGCUCUAAGAGGGCAAAAGCUGAAGCCACAGGUCUCUUAAGGCCCAACUUCAGAGAUUAUACUGUGUCACUUGUGUCACAUUCGAAUGGCCAGAAGGCCACAGAGCCAGCCCAGAUUCAAGAGGAGGGGAAGUAGAACCAUCACUCAACAGGAACAGUGGGAAAGAAUUUGCAGCGAUUUUUAAUCCAUGCAGCCAUCUUUCCUCUCCCAUACCUCCCUGUUUUUUGGGUUUUGUUUUUGUUUUUUUUAAUACUUUCAACAAAGUCAUAGUAUUUCUUAAACUUGAAAAUGACAGUUCUUUUGAGAUCCAAAAAUUUCUAAUUUCUGGACAGUUUAGGAAGCUAAAGGAAGACAGAACAAAGUAGACCACACAUUUGUAAUUUGUUUCAAAGGUAUAAAUAGCAACAUAAACAGUCAUUGGUUAACUUUCCUUUGAUUAGGGACUGAUUGAAGAAUUUCUGAAACCAAGCAAGCAUAAGUAAGAAGAAAAGAGGAAGAAUGUUAGGAACUUUUCCUUCCUUUUUUUCUUUCAUUCAGUGAUGUCUGGGUCAUGGUGGAGUUGUUACUGUUAUCUUUCUCAUUUUCAUUACCUAAACUCUUAGAAAACAUGGUCGCCACUAUUUACAGUAUUAAAAAUUAAACGUUAUCUUGAUACAAAACACAGCAGUUAAUCCAUAAAGUCAGAGGCAGACUGCUGAUCACAAUUACAACCCACUUCACUUGUACACUUAGGUCACAUUACUUGGAGUGAUGCAACAAUGGAUGAUCCAUUAUUGUGAGCUGCAAAUUAUGGUUGGCUACAUCACCUAAAACACAGAAAGUAGAUAUGCAGUAUCCAUUUGACACUGAAAACAGUGUUACUUUUAGCCCGUUUUUUGGGCUACCUUAGGGUUUUGUACUUCUCAGAGCCUUCUGCAUCCAUCACCAGCAAUUAGGACCUCUUGUCUCCUGAGGAUACAGACUUCCAGUACUAAAAUUGGAACAGUCCUAGGCAAAUUGGGACAUGUGGACACUGCCUUGUCCCAAGUUAACAGCAACUACUUUGAGGCCGUCUGAAACUAUAGGCUUGAAAAGUAAGACAGCAAGCCGUAUUCUGACCUUGUUUUGGGAGAGGUUUUUUUUGUUAUUUCAAAUACAUUUCAUGCUUGGUUUUGAAUAUGAGGGUUUUUUUCCUCCCACAUUAACUGUGUUACAAUCUUUGAAAUAUAGCAGGGAGAAAAAACCAAACAGUGCUGGUGUACAGUGUAUAACAAAUGUACUUUUUUCUUUUUUGCAAAGACUGAAGCCAUUUUUAAGGACAUGAAGAGCUAGAAAUUUCCCAAGACUUGUUUGUAUACUAUGUAAUAACCUUGUUGUCUUUCCUAUAUUAAAAAAAAAAAAAAAUCUGCAAACUUUCUGCCUCCACAACCUCCUGUGUAUGAAUCUGCCACUAAAUCUUGGAGACAUGGUGAAAAUACUGCCUUUUACCACCAUGACCUCUGGUGACUCUGUCUUCAUGGAAACCAAUAUCUUCUCUGCCUCUGAAAUUCCUAUGCCACUGUUUGGAUGAGGAGGGAUUCCAUAUUUUGGCAUUUAAACUUCUUUCUUCAGUUCAGCGUUGGCUAGAUCAGAAUCUAAAAGAGAUGGAGGUUUUAAAAGGAAUUGGAGCUUUGAUCAUGGAGAAGAAAGUGAAGGAGAUACAGAUAAAGAUUGAAUCGUCCAUCUGAAAUUGUUGCUACUAGUCCUGCUGCUCCCUGGAGGACAUGUACAAAACGAAGCAGGAGUGAAAGCUUAAAACCUUUGAAAGGCAACCCAAUUGGACUUCACAUGUUGAACAACAAUAAGAAAUCGAGUGAAAAUACACAAAAUGCAUCAUUAUGUUCUGGAACUGUAAGACGUUUUCCUCAGGCUAAUGCACAGAUAGCAAUGGUAAAAACAGCAGCCCAAAGCAGUCUGGACCAAAAGGAAAGGAAAGAAUACCCACCUCAUGUCCAAAAAUUUGAAAGUAAUCCUGUAAGGUUAAGUCGGCCCCAAGGUGGUGAUCGUAUAAUGAAAAAAACAGAAGAGUCUGAAUCACACCCGGAAUCUGAAAUUAAAAGGAAAGUUGCACAGAAACGUCACAGUAGUACAGAUCAGUCUACCCCAUAUUCUCUGUCUUCUGCUACCAAAAAAUGUUUAACUGAUUUAGAGGUUUCUAAACAGUUUGGAUAUUGUCCAAAAUGUGGAAAAGAAAAAGAAAAUCAGACCAAAUGCCAAAGUUGUGGUAUUCCUUUUCCUAAGGAUUUGCAAAGAAAUAGCAGACAAGCUGUAACUUUGAAUGAACCUACUGGAUUAUUAAGAACAUCAAUUCAUCAGAAUUCUGGAAGACGGAAGUCACAAAACACAGCAUUACCAGCCAAGAAGUUUUAUGGCAACAGUGUGGGGAAGGUUCCAGUUGAUAUUAUUGUGAAUUGUGAUGAUAGUGGACAGAAUUAUUUACAGACUAAUGGGAAAGUCAUUUUACCUAAGACAGAAGUAGCCAAAAUCACAAACCCGAAAGAAAGGAAAACAAGCCUGUCAGACCUAAAUGAUCCAAUCAUUUUGUCCAGUGAUGAUGAUGACGAUGAUGACGGUGAGAGGACUAACAGAAGAGAAAGCAUCUCUCCUCAACCUGCUGAUUCAGCAUGUUCGUCCCCAGCACCAUCCACUGGAAAAGUAGAAGCAGCACUAAAUGAAAACACCUGUAGAGUAGAGCAUGAACUAAGACGCAUUCCAGCACGUUCAGAAUUAAAUACAGUUACCUUGCCAAGAAAAGCAAGAAUGAGAGACCAGUUUGGUAAUUCUAUUAUCAACGUACCUCUAAAACGUCGCAAAAUGAUUUCUCAAGAAACUUUAGUUGAUCCUGUAUCUUUAAGCUACCAAAGUUCCUUUGGUAGCGUAAUUUUAAACUGUCGAAGUAUACGAGUAGGAACACUCUGCCGACUAUUAAUAGAGCCUGUAAUUUUUUCUUUAGAUUUUAUCAAGAUACAGCUAGAAGAACCAGAAAAGGAACCUGUAGGGAUUACUUUAAAUACCUCUGAUCUAACAAAAUGUGAGUGGUGUAGUGUCCGAAAAUUACCAGUACUGUUUCUUCAGACGACAGCAGCAGUUUAUCAGAAGCUGAGCGUGCAACUGCAGAUGAACACGGAGGAUGAAGUUCGGAAGGACUGUAAAGGGAUGAAUAAGUUAACAAAUUUGGAAGAACAAUACAUAAUUCUAAUUUUUCAACAUGGCCUUGAUCCUCAGGCAAAUAUGGUAUUUGAAAAUAUCAUUAUUGACAUUGGUAUAAAGAAUAAUGUGUCAGAUUUUUUUGCGAAAAUUCCCUUUGAUGAAGCCAAUAGCAGACUUGUUGCCUGUACAAGAACCUGUGAAGAGAGCAGCAAAGGAAGUUGUGUGCAGAAAGAAAACAAAAUUAAAAAUGUGUCCCUUGAAUCUAAACUACAACUUAAAAACAAACAAGAAUUCCAGUUUUUUGAUGACGAGGAGGCAACUGGAGAGAGCCACACCAUCUUCAUGGGCCCUAUAGAAAAAUUGAUGGUAUAUCCACCACCUCCAGCUAAGGGAGGCAUCUCCGUUACUAAUGAGGACCUGCAUUGUCUAAGUGAAGGAGAAUUUUUAAAUGAUGUUAUUAUAGACUUUUAUUUGAAAUAUUUGGUGCUUGAAAAACUGAAGAAAGAAGAAGCUGACCGAAUUCAUGUAUUCAGUUCUUUCUUCUACAAACGCCUUAAUCAGAGAGAGAGGAGAAAUCUUCCUGAAACAACUAAUCUAUCAAUACAGCAGAAGCGACAUGGAAGAGUGAAAACAUGGACCCGGCAUGUAGAUAUUUUUGAAAAGGAUUUUAUUUUUGUACCGCUUAAUGAAGCUGCACACUGGUUUUUGGCUGUUGUUUGUUUCCCUGGUUUGGAAAAACCAAAGUAUGAACCUAAUCCUCAUUACCAUGAAAAUACAGUCACGCAAAAAUGUUCAACUGUAGAGGACAGUUGUAUUUCUUCUCCUUCAGCCAGUGAAAUGGACAGUUGUUCACAAAACUCUGCUGCCAAGCCCGUAAUUAAGAAGAUGCUAAACAGAAAGCAUUGUGUAGCUGUAAUUGAUUCAAAUAAUGAACAGGAAGCAAGUGACCCUCGUUAUCGGAGAAACAUUAGCAGUGUGAAAUGUAGUCUGAAAAAAAUAAAUCAUACUGCAAGUGAAAAUGAAGAAUCGAAUAAAGGAGAAUCUGCAUGCCAGAAAGUUGUUGAUAGGACUAAAAGUGAGAAUGGCCUACAGAAUGAAUAUUUAAGUUCUAUGCACCAUACAGAUGGCUUAAGCAAAAUCAGACUAAACUACAGUGAUGAAUCAGCUGAAGGUAGUAAAAUGCUUGAAGAUGAACUCAUCGACUUCUCAGAAGAUCAGGAUAACCAGGGUGACAGCAGUGAUGAUGGAUUCCUUGCCGAUGACAAGUGCAAUUCUGAAAUAGGACAGUGGCAUUUAAAGCCUACUGUCUGUAAACAACCUUGUAUCCUACUGAUGGACUCACUCAGAGGCCCUUCUCGGUCCAAUGUUGUAAAAAUUCUAAGAGAGUAUUUAGAGGUGGAAUGGGAAGUAAGAAAAGGAAGCAAACGAAGUUUUUCCAAAGAUGUUAUGAAAGGCUCUAAUCCAAAAGUACCCCAGCAAAACAACUUCAGUGAUUGUGGUGUAUACAUAUUGCAGUAUGUAGAGAGCUUUUUUGAGAAUCCAAUUGUGAAUUUUGAAUUACCCAUGAAUUUGGAAAACUGGUUCCCUCCCCUAAGAAUGAAAAGAAAAAGAGAGGAAAUUCGAAACGUAAUUCUGAAGUUGCGGGAGGACCAGAGCAAGGAAAAAAAGAGGCGUAAGGACACAACAUCCGUAGGUGAAGGAGCCGAACAAUAUGUCAGUAACAUCUCAGAUUGACCAUUUUUCAUGCUUGGCAGUAUUGCCUUCAAAACUGAGUGACUUUCAAGGAUAUAAACAGUAAAGAACUGAAGUGCUCAUUACACAGAGUUAUUUGGAAAUGUUAAUGCUUGUAUAAAUGUCAUAUAAUUAAUUUCCACCUGAGGAUAUAUUAAGUAAAAGUCUGUAAAUAUGUAAUGAGGCCAAUUUUUCCAGCAUUUAUAAUUAUUUUUUUCACUUGUUAGGAAUCUUUUGUUAGGUAUUUUCUGUUAAUAGUACUUUAAACUGUAACUUCUAAAAAUAAAAUAAAUAAAAAAAUAUUUAUAGGAGGAGAUGAUUAAGUUGAUAUUCUUUAGUAAGAUUGUAUUAAAUUCUUCAGUGGGUGUGUAUCUAUGAUAAUCUUUUGACCUUUGCAUUUGUUUUAAAAUAACUUGAAAUGUGAAAAUAAGAUUAAAUCAAAGCCAUUUUGAACA